AUGGUCGCUCUAGCUAGUCGUCUAGCCCUCUUGGGCCUGGGCCCGCCACGGCGGCUACGGCUUCCCAACGUCGUCACCACCACCGUCACUGCCACCGCUACUGCCACGGUGACGGUGACCGCAUGCGCCGCACACUGCGCGCCGCCCUCGACCGUCACCUCGUUCAUCACCAUGCCUCCGGAGUCGUGCAUCCCGCCGUCAUCCAGCCACCCAGCCGAGACCCCGUCCGGUGAACCGGAAUCCAGCACUGCCCCGCCGCCGGUGCAAUCGACCGAGAAGAGCGACCCCGUUCAGCCGUCGGGCUCCGUCGAUGGGACGAGCACCACCACGCUGACGAGCGAGUCGACUUUCGUCUCGACGGUGCCCUUCCCGUCUUCCUCUUCCUCUUCUCACUCCACCUCCUCCGAGGAGGAUGGCGGGCAGUACCCCGAGCCGACGGAGUCCGCAUGGAGCUCGGGGUUCGAAAGCUCGUCUCCCCAACAGCCCACCGAGAGCCACUCUGGUCCUCCUGGUCCCCCAAGCUCGCAUGGCACACCGCCGUCGUCGUAUACCUACGGUCCGGGGCCCUCCACUUCGGGCGUCACGAGCGCUGACGCCGUGCAGCCGUCGUCGACCGGGUCGAAGCCUAGCGAGAGCCAGGGGCCCGGGACUUCGCGUAGCUCUGCGUGUCGAGCGGUGGGCCCAACGUCCCUCGUCAUCAGGGAGCGGCUCGCCCCCACGGGUACUAGUAGUGGAUCUUCCAGCCGGCCUACCUCCCACACGGAGACUGGGAAGACCGGCAGUAGCACCAGGACUGGCACCGGAACCGGCACCGGCACUAGGACUGGCAGUAGCACUAGCACCAGAUUUAGCAGCAGCACCAACACCAGAGUUAGCAGCAGCACCAACACCAGGACUGGUAGCAACACCAACACCAGGACUGGCAGCAACACCGGCACCGGCACCGGCGUCGGGACUGGGACCACAACCAGGGCCAGCAGCCACGGACACCUACUCGGCACCUACUACUACUGCAUCCUCUCAAUCAUCUUCCUCGUCGCGUGGACACGGCACCUCUACGCGAACCAGCGCACGUGCGACAAUCCCUACGGCUGCGAAGACGAGGAGACCCAGGGCCCGAGCACCGGAACGGACACAACCCGUCCCACCCACGCGCCGUCCAGCAGCACCACCACCACCUCCUCGGCACCAGGCACGACGGACGGCUACCCCACCUCGUCGCACGUCAACCCACCCAUCUCCUCGACCGAAGAUUCAGACCCCAUCCCCGGCACAGCCUCGUCGACUUCUCCUCCAACGUCAUCGUCGCCGGGAACAUCUUCGGCCCCGCCCCAGCACUCUUCAUCCCCUCCCGCGUGCGACGGCGACGACGACGACGACGACGACGACGAGCCUGGAACGACCAUUGACUCGAGCUCCCCGAGCAACCGACUCCGGAGCCAACAGGUCCCGAGGAACCGCAGGAACAACCAUUGGCUCGAGCUCCCCGAGCAACCGACCCCGGAACCGACGGGCCCCGAAGAGCCGCAGUAUCCGGACGGGGAAGUGACGUCGACGCAGGACUCGGACCCCGUGGAGGGGACGCCGACUUCGGCGCCAACUACGUUCAAGACUGCCGACACGGACCCGGAGAUGGGUACGGCCACGGGUAUGGUGGGCGGGGAGGGCAUCAUGACGGACACCGUAAGCAUUGGUGAAAAGCAGAAUAUCGAAUAA